AUGAUUAUAUUCCGUGGAAAAGUGAAGCAAAAGUAUGCACUCAAAUACCUUCAACUCUUGGAGCAGAAAGGGUCUCUGAUGUACGCUAAUCGUAACGCUGUUGCGACCGAUUUGCAACGGUAUAUCUGGUGCAUGGAUGCGAGCUCCAAAAGAAAAAAUUGCACCCUGUCGAAAACCGUAACCAUGUCUUGGGACGAUGAUGACUUUGAUGUGCCAGCCACCAAAACCGCUGGUGUCUCAUGGGAAGAUGAAGAUAACGACGAUCCUCUUUUAGAAUCUUGGGAUAUAGACGAAGAAGAAGUUGCACGAAAGAAGAAGGAAGAAGAAGCGAAGAAGAAAGCUGAAAAGGAGGCAUUAAAACAGAAGCAGCAAGAAGCCAAGAACAAGAAAUUGUCUCAAAAGUCUGGCGAGAGAAAACUUCUCGACAUUGACCUUAUUGAUGAGGAAACUAGACAAGAAUUAUUGAGAAAGGCACAAGUCACCUCUGAUUUGAACAACGCCGCUGACCUCUUCGGGGGCCUUGGAGUGGCCAACGAUGAUGACUUCGAUGUCAACGAGCAUCCACGGGAGAGAGCGGCAAAGUUGGCUGCUGCGAAACAAGCGGCUAAGCCAGCAGCACCUAGACUUACCAGAGAUAGCCCAUUAGAGAUGCAUCCCUUGUUCCAACCUACAGACAAGGCCGAGUACGAGAAGCUUAGAAAGGCACUUGCCACGUCCCUCCAGCAGCUUGCGGAGGACUCGCCUCUCAAUUACUCGUCUGCAUUGGGUAUAGAUCUUAUCAGAGAUGCUGCCCAGCCUUUAUCUCUUGAGAAUGUCAGAAAGGUGAUUUCAACUUUGAACGUCAUUGUCAAGGAUAAGGAAAGAGCAGAAAGGCAGGCACGGUUGAAGAAGGCCGGUGGUACAGCCACUGGUGGUGCAGGAAAGAAGAAGGCCAAACCUGCUGUGAAGACGAACGUCAGCGAUAUGUACAAGAAAGAUGCCGGAGACGACUUUGAUGACUUCGAUGACGACGAUUUUAUGUAG